UGAGGACAUGUCUGUGCACGUCAGAAUCAAACAACACCCCCUCCUUUAAACUCGUUUAUGUGUAAUAUCGUACCCGAAGAGAAAACGGCUGGAAUUUCAGUUUGGGGGAAUUUAAAUGAAAGUCACGAAGGUGUCAGCCAUGAAGGAUGGACUCUAAAACAUCAGAUUAACUUCACAGCACAGAAACGACUAGUUGAAUGCAGUCUAAGAUGAUGCUGCCCUUGUCAAGGACAAAUGGAACAUAACGUUGUGAAGGAUGGGUGGUGCUGGUGUUAGCAGAAAUGUUAGAAAGCCAGAUAAACUAGUUGUAGUAGUUGGUGAGGAAGUAUAGUUAAGAGAGCAACAGAAUUGGCUAAUAUAGUUGUAAAAUCAUUUGCCUUCUGUGUUGAGCUAGGGAAACUGUUUUGACAGUUAAUACAGCAGAUCAAAAUAAUUGGCUGAUGGAGUACAGUGAGAGAGUGCUGUGUGGGACAGGGGAGGUGGAGCUGGACCCCAACAUUGUGAGUGAAGAGGCAGGAAAACUUUAUUCAGAGCUACAGACAGUUAUUGAGACCCAUGGUGAAGGUGUGGUGGAGUCGCUGGUACCCAUAUUUGUGUGGGUACUGGAGGGGCUGGCCAGCAGCAAAGCCCAGCUGAGAGACAGGGAGGAGGAGGCGGAGAGGGAGAAAGCUGAGCGAGAAGAGCUGCUGGAGAGAUACCAAGCAGAGAGAGCACUCAGGAAAGAAAGUCAAGAGAGAUAUUUGGAGCUAGAUGACCAAAUUGAACAAGAGAGGAGAGCCAUGAGGGGGAGGGAAAAGGAGAGAGAGCGGCGGGAGAGAGAGCUAGAGAAGAAAGCAAGAGAGCAAGCUGAUCAGUUGGUGGCCUUGGAGGAGCAGAAAGCAAAUCUGAGUAGAGAACUGAGCACAUUGAGGCAUACUCACAACAAGCUGGCUCACACAUAUCGGGAACUUUUGGAAAAGAGAAAGGAUUCUGAAAGAGAUUCUCCUUUAAGGAAUCAUGUGCGUCCCAAGAAUGCUGAAUUUCCAUCCAACCAAGUCUUGUCAGAAUCCACUGUGAAUGAAAAGAUGAUUCAAAGACCACAUUCACAUUCUGGUCCCCCGUGUUUGGAGGAUCUAUUAGCCAAAGAAGAAAAGGCGAUUGACAUUGCAUUAAAGCCCACCGCAGAUCAGUUUAUCAAUGACAUCAUAAGCUCCACUCCUGAGCUGAGACAAUUUCAUGGCAGUGUGAAUGCAAGCACCCCAGUUAGACUGAACACCAACGAGCCACCGAGAAAUGAGACGGAGACCAGCGUGGAGGACGAGAUGAGGGCAGUAGAGGAGAAAGAGGGAGAGAAGAUGUCCAAAGUAGAAGAGGUGCAGGGAGGAGAGAGGCAGGAAAAAGAUGAGGAAGAGGUGGAGGAAGAUGAUAGUGUGGAGUGGGAGCUGCGCAACACUGACUCUGUGUUCUCUGAGCUGUCAGAGCUGAGUCUGGAUUAUGUGGAGAGUGUAGACCGAGGGGCCAGUGUCAGAGGCAGUGCAGACCAGUUUGAGGAGAUUCUUUCUCAGUAUGAGGAACUGAAAGUCACCCAUGAGUUAGUAGAAGCUGGCCGUAAGGCUUUGAUAUCUCGGGUAGAAGAGCUCACUGAUGACCGUUCAGCUCUUAAACUGGAGUUGGCCUCUCUUCAGGAAACACUCUCACGAUUGGAGGGACGGAUGAAGGAGAAGGAGGAGGAAACUAAGAGAAUUCGGAAAGAACUGGACGCGUGCCAAUCUGAGGAUCCUGAUGCCUCUCUACCCGCAUCCAUGCGCCACUUCUCUCGUUCUGAAAUGGCUCGUGUGGUCAUGGAGAAGAACCAAUACAAGCAGCGUCUGUUUGAGCUGCAGGAGGCUGUAAGACAUAGUCAGACACUCAGAGCAUCAAAGGAUGAGAGGUUAACUGAGGACAAAAGAUUAAGUGUUUGGAGAAAGUUCAACCGUUUGUUUGGUUUGUCCAAGGGACCCUUACUCCCACCUUCUGCUUCUGCAUUUGCCCUGCCAACUUCUCCAUCACUCCCUCGCUCUCCUCUGGGGUCUCCACAACUACCGGCUGCCAGUCAAACUAAUGCUGAAUCUGCUUCUCCUGCUGCUCUCUCCCCUCGUGUCAGGAGGAGAGAACUCUACAGAGAAAUUCGCUCCCACAUUUGGGGAUCACUUGGAAAACGGCAGAUACACGGCUGGAGCACACCGCUGGCAAUCACACAGGAAUCUCAUGAACCUGUCCCAGAGCCUAAGGAUGUGCCUGUUCUAAUGCAGCUUAGACUGCUGGAUCAAAGAGACUCCACAGCUAAGCUGAACUGUGCGGUUGCAGUCACCCCUGAGAUCUCAGGAGAGGCCACAUGUUCUGUGUGGGUAGUUUCUGGCCCUGCCUCCUGCAGUGAUAUUACAGUGAUUGAUCCAGCACGGUCCAACACCGUCUUGGAUCAGUUCAGCCUCCCUCCCACAGCUCCUGCUCUCUGCAUCUGUGCUGUGCCACCCAUAGGUGACACUGCAGGAACUGUGUGGAUUGGAACUCAGGAAGGAAGUAUACUGGUACACUCAGCCUCUGCUGGCAGGAGGCGCUGUCUGCAGUCUGUUUCUCUCUCAGAAGGUGUUUAUUCGCUAACGGAUUCCCAGGGUCAAGUCAUAGCUGGUUUAGCUGAUGGGACUUUAGCAUUUUUCUCACACAGUUCAGGUGGCUGGAAUCUACAGUCACACUUGGUGAUGCCUCUCGGCUCAAACCCUUUGCAGCCCAUUCGCUGCUGCCUUGCAAAAGGUGGCCGCUUGUGGGUGGGAUAUUGGAACAAAGUCCAUGUGGUUGACAUUGACAACAAGAAGGUUGAGCAAACAUUCUCGGUCUCUGAGCGCAGUGAGCAGCAGGUUCGUUUCCUGUGUGCUGGUGGAAGUGGUGUUUGGACAUCCUGCCGCCUUGACCCAAUCCUCAGACUGUUUGACUGGUCCACAGGCCGGCCACUACAGGAAGUUGAUUUUACUGCUUUGGUCACUAAAACAUUAGGCCAAGCCUUCCUGACACUCUCACCUCUCCAGAUCUCGUCUCUUACAAUCAUCUCUGGCCGUCUGUGGGUGGGCACAGGAGGUGGUGCCAUUUUCUCCAUUCCAUUAUCCAUAACAUCAGAGGCCAUCUCCAUCCCAUAUUGCUCCAUUUCAUCAGCCCAGCUGUGUUACCAUGGACAUAGACAAGCUGUCAGGUUCAUCAUAGCUGCACCUGGUUGUUUGAUCGUCUCUCCUGGCUGCACUGUCACUACCUCUCAGCUUAUCCUCAGUGGAGGAGAGGGCUACAUCAACUUCCGAAUGGGAGACGAUGCAAAUGAGGGAUCGGUUGAAUUGUCCCAAGCUACACCUCAGCGGUCUGAACGCAGUCAAAUGAUCAUCUGGCAGAAUUCCACCCCCUCUGUUCCCAGCCCUGCCCUCUGACAUCAAUCAUCUCCUAGUUCUGCCCUUUUUGGAAUGAGAUAAAGACAUAGCACAUGUGUCCUGUACACCAGCAAACCUAGAGACAACAUUGGAAAUGGUGCUUUCAUGGAACUGAAUGAACCAGCAUCUCAAUGUGGCAGCAAUUAAAGUAUCCUCUAGAAAUGUAUAUUUGAUACAUGCUGUUUCAUCCUUUUUUACCUCAUUUUUUUGUACAUCUAUCUUUUGACUGGAAUAUCCUGAUGGAUUUUGAUGCCUUACUGUGUGCCUUCGUCUGAUUUCAUAUAAUUUCUGUAAAACUGGUCAGUAAUUCAGAUGCCUGAUUAGCUUAUUUCUAUCUUUGCACUAACAAUACAUUUAGUCUCCCUGACAAACCGCUUCCUGAUACAUUUUUCUACCAGACCAUGCAGAGUUGUCAUUCUUAUCUUCAUUCCACCAGGUCUUUCUGUAUUAUGUCUUUUGAUCAUAGCCUUUAACUUAAUGAUGUGGCUGCUCAUGAAGCUGCUGUGUCCAUACUUUGUUGUUAACUGUGAACUGGAACAGGUUUUGAUCUCUCAGCGUAAAGACAAUCACUUUUUAUCUCCUGAUGUAUUGAGAUUGGGAAUAAUUUAUUUGUUAUUGUUUUUUUGUGGUUUUCUUUUUUCAAAUUUAACCCCUCCACGUUGCAUAUAGUGUAACUACAAACUACACAUUUUAAAUGUGUCUUUAAAAGUGUCCUAUGCAGUAUUUAUGUGCAAUUGCAAGUUUGCACUCAUGUUGAUGUAAUAGAAUCUACUUAUCUUUCUUGGAAAGAAAAUGAAGACUUGAGCAUUUGUUCUGACCUGACUCAACCUUGUGCAAACAUGAUUAUUGUCAUUAAAAAAUGUCUUCAACGGUU